GUUAGAGAUAGUCCUUUGAAAAAGUCCAAAAAGUAGUCAGAGAUAUGAGUGGUAUUGAAUUGCAAGAAGAUGCUGACGUCCAAAAAACUCAAGAUACAGAAAUUGUUUAUAACAAUAGAGAGAAACAAGACUAUGUUACUCAACUAGAAGCUUCUUUGGAUGAAGAAGAAGUGAAAAAAGAACUUGAGAUACUGAAAGAAGAGUCUUUAAAGUUCACAGGAUUUUCAUUUCGUACCCAUACAUUAUUCAAAAAGGGUGGUCGUCAUAUGACAUUAAUUUUAGGCAUCUUCGCUUCUAUUGGAGGCUUUAUAUUUGGAAUGGAUCAAGGAGUUAUUAGUGGUGCAUUGUUGUUUAUGCCAAAGGAUCUCAGUUUGACAUCUGGAGAAGAGUCUAUGGUAACCGGUUUCAUGCCUCUAGGAGCAGUUCUUGGGGCAACUAUAGCUUAUCCAUUGAAUGAAUGGCUUGGAAGAAAAAUCAGCAUUAUCAUUGCUUGUUUGUUUUAUUCCGUUGGAGGAAUAUUACAAGCGGAUGCGCAUAAUUUUGGAAUGAUUCUAUCUGGUCGUAUUAUAUUGGGUGUUGGACUUGGUUUAGAAUGCACUGCUUGUCCUGUAUACAUUUCAGAGAGUUGUACUAAAAGAUGGCGAGGAGGUUUGGUUUCACUUUAUCAAUUUAUGAUUUGCUUUGGACUAUUUUGUGCCUACAUUGUUGCCGCAAUAUUUGUCAACGUUCCAGGCAAUUGGAGAUAUAUGUUAGGAAGUACUUUGGUUUUUUCUUCUAUUUUGCUAAUUGCGAUGUGCACUAUGCCAGAAACUCCUAGAUGGUUAAUGAGAAAAGGACGGGAGGCACAAUCCUAUAGGGUAUGGAGAAUUGUCAGAGGCUUUGAUACAGAAGAAGAAAGAAAUGAGUUUUACAUUAUGAAAAAGACAGUGGAAAGGGAAUUGAGAAAUUCAAAAGACAGAUGGAUCAUUAUGGAUCUUAUCCGAGUACAUCGCUGUCGUCAUGCUGCUAUCUUUGGAGCUAUUAUCGCUAUUCUCGAACAAUUUUCUGGCAUUAACUCCAUCAAUUAUUACAUGUCUACAUUGAUGCAUGAAGUUGGAUUUAGUAGAGUUCAUGCAGUAUAUUCUAGCAUGAUUGGUUCAGGAACAUUGUUACUUUUCACUAUUCCUGCCAUCUACUUAAUGGACAGAAUGGGAAGAAGAGCUUUAUGGCUAAGUUUACUUCCAGGAGUGGUUAUCGGCUGUUUCAUCAUUGGAUUUAGUUUUCGAGCCUCCAACAUUCACAUUGAAGAAGGUAUAUACAUUUGGGGUAUCAUAACUUAUUACAUGUUUUGGGGAUCUGGUAUGGGACCUUAUACGUGGGUCAUCGGUUCUGAGAUAUUUCCAACUUAUAUCCGAAGUGAAGGAAUGGCACUUGUAACAUGGUGGACCUAUAUUGGAAACUUUCUUACCACUUAUCUAUUUACAAGAAUGAAAACUGCAAUGACUGGUCCCGGAAUUUUUAUCGGAUUUUAUGGAGGCUUUGUUGUGCUUUCUUGGUUUUAUGGAUUGUUGAUGAUGCCAGAAACGAAAGAUAAGACUUUGGAAGAAAUAGAUGCACUGUUUUCCAUGUCUAUGCCUGCAUUGGCAAAGCACAAUUGGAAUAAUGCUAAGAAAACGACGAAUGAUUUACUUCAUUUUAGACUCAAGGAAGUAUGGAAAAUAGAGUAACUUUGUGGCCCGGAAUGAAGAUAUAUCUACAUGCUUGUCUCUUUGUUCAUUGUUGCAUGAUAAAGAACCAAAGAUAAGGCGAAAUGUUUUCAUUUCUCUCCUAUAUCAUUCACAUCGUCCAAAAAAGGAAACAAUGUGUUUUAUAUAGUUGGAAGUCACGUUUUACGAGGUUGCUUGAGAGUUGAAAAGCAAGAAAAAAUUUUUCGUCGGCUCUGGAAAAGUGACGAUACAAGCUAAGGCAGUAGAAAGGAAGAAAUACAGCGAUUUGUAGAGGUUUUAAAGUUGUAAUAGAUAAACAAAUUGCAUGUAACACUUGGAAUAAUGUGUCAUUUCGUUCAACCGAUAAGAUUUCGUCGAAACUUUCCUCUUUAAAAAUUGUUUCCAAUGAAAUGCUUCGUAUCUUGUCUUUGCAGGAAAUUUUGAUAUUAUUCUUCUUUUACAUUUGUAGCAUGAAGAGAAUUCUAGUAAAUGUACAACGACGUUU